CAUUUUGAUAGGAUUUACUACUCCAAAGGGUUAUAAUAAUUAUUGUCUUAUGAAUAUUUUUAUUAGGUCAUCCAUUUUUUUGUUCAUUGUUUUUCUAGUGGGUUUACCUAAUGCAUCUCUGUUUUAAAUUGGGCAGAAAGAGGGGAAAGGUUGCUGUCUUGGAACUGGCAGUUGAUGUGUACGCUAUUGAGUUUGUAAGAUUCAUCACAUUUAUUAGUUGCCCUUCAUAUGUUUCUGCAGCAGCUGUUAAGGCAAAUUUAUUUGAUGUGGCUUUAAAUACAAAUAUUCUUGAUACUGUCUCUAAUGGUUCCUUGAGGUAAGGCCUUUAGUAUGAUUUGCCAAGUUUAAUAUAGUUCUACACAUCAGAGGUCAAUAUUUUAAAGACUGGUUGUUCUUUACAGGCCAGUCUGAUUUUCUUUCUUUUUAAAAAAAUCUAUUUUAGGUGCUUAAACUGAUUAAAAAAAGGUAUCACGUUGACAUCAUACGCUGGAAAGCUGGUUGGGGUCAUCUGGGACAUGUUACUUCUGAUUCUUCAAUCCAUAGUGCUCUUUUUCGGAUUGUUUGCAGGACUUCACAAGCAUUGGAGAAACUUCACGUUAGCCGUCUCUUUGAUGUCACGAAAAUUGAAGGAUACAUCUUCCAGCCUCCCCAUCUUUCUUCAAUCAGUUUUGUCAUCUGCAACAAAACCAAUAUCUGUAGUUGCUGCUGUUGUCUCCUUGGUAUCUUAUUUUCGCAAUCUUGUAAGGAUUCUCUCGAUGCUUGAACUGAAAACCUUUUUCAUAUUAUUACACUAUCCAGUAAUGCCUGCUUUUUUUAUUGCUGUAUUUGCCACCAAAGAGUUAAUGGACGUCCAACCAGGUAAUGCUGGUGAUGGGAAGCUUCCAGCAAUUGAGGUUUCCUCUGGGCCAGUAGAGUCUAAAAGUUCAAGCCUUGUAGAUGCAGUACUUUGUUAUGUUGUAAAUUCUGACAGUGAUAUCAAUAAGAAUAUUUUGUGUUGA